AUGCCGGUGGACAAAUUUGAAAAAAUAAGAGGAGUGAUACACUUCAAUGACAAUGAUAAGCACUUGCCUGUUACGCACCUGGAACACGACAAACUCCACAAACUGCGACCCGUGAUAGAUCAUCUGAAUACCAAGUUUUCAGAUGUCGCCAUUGACCAACUUUGUUGGGGUAUGCAUAUAUCGGCGUGGUGGCGCUGGUGUCGGCUGCCACUUUCAUUAAUUGCUAACUUCGAAGGCAGCGGAGAUGCGUCCAUGCUAUUAUCAAGCAAACCCGAAGGCCUAAGAGUUCCAGCGCUUCUUGAAGAGCAGGACAUUCAACAAUACCAUAAGAACUGCUAUCCUGUUGGCGAUUUGUUACAAACGAAGCAAGUCAUGAAGAAUUCGGUACCACGGGGUGCAUUUCAUGAGAACUUGACCAGCAUAGACGACGUUGAGAUAACUGCUGUGAGCUGGAAGGAUAAUAAACAGGUAAUCUUAGCAUCGACAUAUGUUGGCGCGGAACCAGUCGGUGAAAUCGAAAGAUGA